AUGGGCAAGGUGUUCCGCAGCGGGUUCUACUGGCCUACGACGCUCAACGACGCCACCGAGCUGGUGCGAUCCUACGAGGCCUACCAGUUCCAUGCCAAGCAGAUCCAUCAGCCCGCGCAAGGUCUCCAGACCAUUCCGCUCUCGUGGCCGUUUGCGAUUUGGGGGCUGGAUAUCCUGGGCCCAUUCCUUCGAGCAGCCGGAGGAUACCGCUACCUCUAUGUCACCAUCGACAAGUUUACCAAGUGGGCGGAGGCGGAGGCCGUGCGCACAAUCCCCGCCAGCUCAGCCGUCAAGUUCGUCAAGGGCCUCGUGAGCCAUUUUGGUGCCCCCAACCGUAUCAUUACUGACAAUGGCUCCCAAUUCAGAAGCAACCUCUUCAGGACGUAUUGCGCUAACCUUGGAACGCAGAUAUGCCAUGCUUCGGUGGCGCACCCACGGAGCAACGACCAGGCUGAGCAUGCCAACAUAGAGGUCUUGAGGUGCCUCAAGGCAAGGAGCUUCAAGAAGAAGCUUGAAGCCUGCGGCAGGGGUUGGCUCGUUUGA